CCAGCACUAUCAUUAGGCACUGAAUCAGGAGUAUAGCACCGGAUACUGUUCUAACCUAAAGCUGGAGGCAUACACUGUGUGCGUGGAAGAGAGGCUGUGCGUGUGAACAGAGACCACAGCCCUGGAGAAGUGUGCCGUUAAUGAGAAGAGUUGGGGAGAAUGAGUCUUGACCCUGUUCAGGUCAUGAAGGGGCAGGACCCCAUGCCCAACACCUGCCCGUCAGCCUCAAACGGUGAUAGCCCAGCAUCCUGGGACGACAGCAAGGACGGCCACGAAAAUGUAGCUUCUACAAAGAAGCCCAAAUCACCCAAACCAGAGAACGCGGUCACCAUUGCUGUGUCGUCACGGGUUCUGUUCCGCACAGAGAAAGAGCAGAAGGUGUUUGAGCAGAAAGGAAUAGAGGAGUACCUCAGGUAUCAGGUGGAGCACGAAAACGAGCCUUUUGCUCCGGGCCCAGCAUUCCCAUUUGUUAAGGCACUGGAGGCAGUAAACAGCCGGCUGCGGGAGCUUUAUCCAGAAAGCGAGGAGCUUUACGAUAUCGUGCUGGUAACCUACAACCACGCUCACGUGGGCAUCAGACUCAUCAACACCAUCAACUACCACAAUCUAUUCAUUGAGCGCUUCUGCAUGACAGGAGGCAGCAGCCCCAUUGGGUACCUGAAAGCGUGGCAUACAAACUUGUAUUUGUCUGCUGAUGCUGAAAAGGUUCAGGAAGCCCUCGCUGAAGGGAUUGCAGCAGCCACCAUGUUUAUGCCAGAAAAACAAAUCGAGGUGUCCGAGACCCAGCUGAGAGUGGCAUUUGAUGGCGACGCUGUUCUUUUCUCCGACGAGUCUGAGCGUAUUUUUAAAGCCCACGGCCUGGACAAGUUCUUCGAGCACGAGAGGGAAAACGAAAACAGACUGCUAGAUCACGGGCCACUCAAGGGCUUCCUGGAAGUGCUCGGGAAGCUUCAGAAGAAAUUCUACGCUAAAGGCCACCGUAUGGACUGUCCCAUCCGCACCUACCUCGUGACGGCCCGCAGCGCAGCCAGCUCCGGGAUCCGUGCCUUAAAGACUCUCCGUGCCUGGGGACUGGAGACGGACGAGGCUCUUUUCCUGGCUGGGGCCCCGAAAGGCCCCAUGCUGGAGAAAAUCCGGCCCCACAUCUACUUCGAUGACCAGAUGUUUCACGUGGAGGGUGCUGUAGAGAUGGGCGCCAUCGCCGCCCAUGUGCCCUAUGGGAUUGCACAGAAAUACCCUCAUAAAAAAAGCACCAGUGCAGGAAAAUAACAAAGACGAGUGGGGAAAAACACAAAGAGGCUCAUUAUGUUCUGGAAGCGACGUUCAAGUUGCAGAUAUCUUUAUUUUUUUGUGCACUCAUUGGAUCAGGACCUCGGUUUUCUCUCGGCCUUCUAUGCAAGGACACAACAUUUAACCAACUAAAGAUUCAACCCUGUAUUGUUCUUCUGCACUGCCUCAACAUCAGUAAUUCUGUACAUGACUUUUGAAAUAUGCAUUAUGAAUGAAAUCUGACCGAUGUGCCUCUGCUGAAGCACUGCAGCGAACGGUCAUUUUCAUCUAAGCAUACGUUUCUCAGCGACGGUUUGUCAAAAUAUACAUGACAUCCACUUACUGUUAAAAAGGAACGAGUGCUGCUGUUUCUAUACGUAAAGUGACUAAGGAAAAGGAGUGAUAUUCAAACGGCGUUUACACAGUGUUUUGAACCUCACUGUAUAAUUCAGCAAUAGACUCUGAAGGGUGUUCUUGUUUGUUGCUGUAGAUGGUGGUCUGCGAACAAAACUACAGUAUGAUUUUAUGUAAUCUAACGUAUGUGGUCGUAUAUAAUGGAUGGAGUGUUAGUCUGUAAUGUAACGUUCGAUAUUGAUAAGAAGCCAUAAUAUUUUACAUAUGAGAAAAUGAAAUACUCGGAAUCUAGAAAGCCACGAGCAGUCAAUGAUAUAUUUUAUCUUUACACUGUACUUUUUGUUUUUCAUCUGCAUUCAAUAUACACUACUGCUUAAAGAAUUCAGAGUUAGUAAUAUAUUUUGAAACUAAUUAUUUUGUUAAGCAAGGACGCAUUAGAUUCCACCAAAAAUAUUAAGCAUGACUGUUUUCAAUAUUGAUAAUGUUUCUUGAGGAGC